AUGGUGAUAGACUCUGGUGCUCACCACAACACGCUGUCAGUGCAUGAUUUUAAAAGAUUACAGAAGGCCAGGCCCCAAGUCAGUCUGCAGCCAUCCUCUACCAAACUGUAUUCUUAUGCCAGUAAACAAGCCCUCACACUCUCAGGCAAAUGCACACUUGAAGUUGAAGUCCCAAACACAACACGGCGUACCACUGCUUCAUUCUUCGUGGUGCCACAAGCACAAGCAUCACUCCUAAGCAGCAGAACCAGCAAAGACCUUGGACUGUUGAGAGUUGGAAUCGACGCGAACAUUCUGAGCUGUUCUGGAGCCGACGUGUGGUCAAGUCUACGCACUCAGUACCCACAAGUCUUCACUGGGCUGGGGAAACUCAAAAAUUACCAGCUCAGACUGAAAAUUGAUCCUGACGUCACUCCAGUCAUUCAGCCAGUGCGGCGAAUUCCAUUCAACCGACGGCAGCGCGUCAUUGGAAAGCUACAAGAGCUAGUGGACCUAGACGUCAUCGAGCGAGUGUCCGAACCGGCUCACUGGGUGAAUCCACUAGUCACUGUGGAGAAAAGACCAGAAAAUGACCGCAAACAUGGAGAUGUGCGAAUCUGCGUUGACAUGCGAAGAGCCAACGUGGCCAUCGUCCGUGAGCGUCAUCCGGUGCCUACCAUCGACGAAACCAUCCAGGAAAUGGCCGGAGGGAAAUACUUUUCCAAAAUUGACCUCAACAUGGCGUAUCACCAAGUAGAGCUCCACCCCGACUCCAGAGAAAUCACAACAUUCGCUGCGCCAGGAGGACUCUACAGAUACAAAAGGCUCCUGUUCGGAGUGAACAUGGCCUCGGAAAAAUUCCAACAGAUAAUCAGCCAAGUUAUCAAAGACUGUCCAGGUGCGUACAACAUGUCUGACGACAUAGUCGUUGUUGGCAGCACAGAAGCUGAACAUGACGCAAGGCUAACUACCGUGGUGCAACGGCUAGCUGAAAGAGGACUGACAGUCAAUGAGAAGAAAUGCCAGAUCAAACUGACAUCCAUCAAGUACAUGGGCCACGUCCUGUCACAAGACGGCCUAAAGGUGUCAGAUGAAAAGGUCAAAGCCAUCACUCAUGCUCCCCCACCAACUGACGCGUCACAAAUGCGUAGCUUCCUCGGAUUGGCCCAGUUUUGUGCAAAGUUCGUCCCACAGUUCGACACAAUAACUGCGCCUCUCUGGGAACUCACAAAGCACGAUGCUGAGUGGAAAUGGGAGAAGGAGGAACAGCGUGCGUUUGACCAGCUCAAGACCGCUUUGAUCGACGCCCCCGUCAUGGCCUACUACUCAGUUGGCAGACCAACCAGAAUUACCUGUGAUGCUUCCCCCAUCGGCGUAGGCGCCAUCUUAGAGCAACAACAGACAGACGGAGUCUGGAAGCCUGUCUACUACGCCAGCAAGCUCACACCCACUGAGUCACGCUACUCUCAGUUCGAAAGAGAAGCUCUCGGAGUAUUCUGGGCCUGUCGAAAAUUCAGUUUGUACCUCAUCGGAUGUGAAUUCAAGAUCCUCACAGAUCACAAGGCACUAGUGAAAGUGCUAUCCCUCAACUCACUACCCCCAUCAGCCAGAGUGGAACGGUGGUUGCUGUACCUGCAACAGUUUACCUACCAAGUCAUCUACAUUCCAGGGAAAACCAACAAGGCCGACCCCCUGAGUCGUCAACCCGUUGGUCAUCGCGAUAAAGCUGAGGAGAGGGAGGCCGAUGAGUACAUCUACAGCAUCAUCAAAGAUUCCGUACCUCAUGCUCUAACCCCCCGUGAGCUCGAGCAGGCUUCAAAGGACGAUCCGACCAUCUCCAAGCUACGUCAAGCCAUACAGAAAAAUGACUGGACCUGCUUCAAAGGCACAGUAUACCAGGCGGUCAAAGAUGAACUUUGGACGGCUGGACAGCUGGUCAUGCGAGGACACAGGAUCGUGAUUCCCGAAGCCCUGCAAAAGCAUGUGCUACGGUUAGGACAUGAAGGACAUCAAGGAAUCGGGAAAACAAAGAAACGACUGCGAACUAAAGUCUGGUGGCCUGAACUUGACAAAAUGGUCGAAAAGAAAGUAAAGAAAUGCUACCCAUGUGAAGUAAGUGGCAAGAACGCUCCACCAGAAGAGCUAGAGCGCACGCCACUACCAGACCAGCCCUGGACUUACCUUGCAAUUGACCUGCUGAGCAUCUCUGAAGGUAACUACGUGCUUGCCGUAGUCGACUACUACUCCAGGUGGCCCGAAGUUGCCUACAUGAAAGUCACAAAUGCAACCAAUGUGAUUAAUGCUCUCGAAAUGAUGUUCCAAAUUCAUGGCUAUCCCAAGUAUCUGAGAAGCGACAACGGACAACCGUUUGCGUCCAGAGAGUUCCAUGAUUACCUCACCACACAUGGCAUCACGCAGCUGAAGGGAGUACCAUAUUGGCCUCAGUCGAACGGAGAAGUGGAAAGGUUUAACAGAACAAUUCUGAAAUCAGUCAAAAUUGCCAAGAUUGAAAACAAAGAUUGGAAAGUUGCACUGAAAAGUUUUCUGUUCCACUACCGGACCACUCCCCAUACAGUCACAGGAGUAACCCCGGCAAAGCUGUUGAUGGACAGGGAGCUCCGCGACAAACUGCCAAGCUUCACCGGUAUGCCUGUUGACGGUGAUGAACCCCAUGCCGCUGCUUCAGAGGAAAUACAUGACAAGGACGCUCUGCACAAGUUGAAACGCAACAUUGCUGCGGAUCAGAGAAGAGGAGCCAAGGAUCAGGAAAUACAACCAGGAGACACCGUUCUUUGCAAGAACCUACACAAGUCAAACAAGCUAGACCCCAACUUUGAAUCACAGCCAUAUGAAGUCAUCAGUAAACAAGGAAAUGCAGUCAUCAUUCAACAACCCAACAACCCACCCAAUAUGAGAAACGCCGCUCAUGUCAAGAAGUUCGACGGUGAUGUCAGUCUCAGCGCCCCCUCCAGUCCGACUCCAGUCACCACACCGGCUGAGUCUGUCCCAGUCACCAAUACCACACUAAUCCAUUCCCCCCCUUCCAUAGGUCCAGAGCCCAUGACAGCGGAACCGUCGCCUACUGUUCCUGUGAAGUCGACUCGUGUCAGGUCCCCACCUGCGUGGCAGAAGGACUAUGUGAUGUCUACCUGA